GUCACAUUGCCGCAUCUGUUAGGCUUACUGCAUUCUGUAAGAGAUUGAGGCACUGCUUACCUAGCAGGAGAAGCUCUGCCAUAAGGCUUCAUCGAAUCCAGGCCAGCCGCUAUAAGGGUCAACGCGCAUUUCAAUCUUUUCAACCUCCUCAUCCGGCAGUCUUAAGGUCCUUCGUAGAUCAGGCGCCAACCAUGUUGUCUACAAGCUUCUCUUCCUGCAAGAAGGUUGCGGCGCCUACUGUGCGCCCGUCGGCCGCUGUUCCAAUCUCCACGGCGAUUCGCGGCCGCAGGGCUGUCCGCAUCGCUUGCGAGGCAGCUGCGUCGCCAACUCCCGUUGCUCCUAAAGCUGGUCCCAGCGCCGUCACAACUCCGGCGCCUGCUGCGCCAGUCCCGCUCGAGCCAGUCAAGAAGGAGAGGGCGCCCGUCUCCGAUGACCAAAUUAACCUGCUGAAGCAGCAGCUCAAGAGGGCAACUGAGGCCCAGCGGAAGUAUUCAACUUAUACUCAAGAACAGGUCGACGAGGUUUUCCGCAUGGCGGCCGAGGCAGCCAACGCUGCUCGCAUUCCUCUAGCAAAGAUGGCCGUGGAAGAGACCCGGAUGGGUGUUGUCGAGGACAAGGUGGUGAAAAACCACUUUGCUUCCGAGUUCAUUUACAACAAGUACAAGCACACAAAGACGUGCGGUGUAAUUGAGGAGGAUGUUGCGGGCGGCAUCAAGAAGGUUGCUGAGCCCGUGGGUGUCAUUGCAGGUAUCGUGCCCACCACCAACCCCACCUCGACGGCCAUCUUCAAGUCGUUGCUGGCGCUGAAGACCCGCAACGCGCUGGUCAUCUGCCCGCACCCACGUGCUGCCAAGGCCACCAUUGCGGCCGCCAAGAUUGUGCGCGACGCUGCCGUUGCUGCUGGUGCCCCGACGGACAUCAUCAGCUGGGUAGAGACCCCCUCGCUGCCGGUGUCUCAGGCGCUGAUGCAGGCGCCCGAGAUCAGCCUCAUCCUGGCCACCGGCGGUCCCGCCAUGGUCCGGGCCGCCUACUCGUCCGGCCAUCCCUCUCUUGGUGUCGGCGCUGGCAACACGCCCGCGCUGAUUGACGAGACUGCCGACGUGCAGAUGGCUGUGAGCUCCAUUCUGCUAUCGAAGACGUUCGACAACGGCGUCAUCUGCGCCUCGGAGCAGUCGGUGGUGGUGGUCGCCAAGUCGUACGACGCCGUCCGUGCCGAGUUCCAGCGCCGCGGCGCCUACUUCCUCACUGAGGAGGACAAGGUCAAGGUGCGGGCUGGCGUUGUCGUGGAUGGCCACCUGAACCCCAACAUCGUGGGCCAGUCGAUUCCCAAGCUGGCUGAGCUGUUCGGCAUCAAGGUGCCCGCGGGCACCAAGGUGCUGAUCGGCGAGGUGGACACCAUCGGCAGCGCUGAGCCCCUGUCCCAGGAGAAGCUGUGCCCGAUCCUGGCCAUGUAUAAGGCCAAGGACUUCGACAAUGGCCUGGAGAUGUCGCACAGCCUGAUUAUGUACGGCGGCGCGGGCCACACCUCCGUCCUCUACACCAACCCCCUGAACACCGCGCACAUCAAGGCCUUCCAGGGCAAGGUCAAGACCGUGCGCAUCCUGAUCAACACCCCGGCUUCCCAGGGCGCUAUCGGUGACCUGUACAACUUCCACCUGGACCCCUCGCUGACGCUGGGCUGCGGCACCUGGGGCUCCACCUCGGUGUCCACCAACGUGGGCCCGCAGCACCUGAUCAACAUCAAGACCGUCACGGCCCGCCGCGAGAACAUGCUGUGGUUCCGCGUGCCUCCCAAGAUCUACUUCAAGGGCGGCUGUCUCGAGGUUGCCCUCCGUGACCUCGCGGGCAAGUCGCGCGCCUUCAUCGUCACGGACAAGCCGCUGUUCGACUUGGGCUAUGCGGACAAGAUCACCCACAUCCUGGACGGCAUCAACGUGCACCACCAGGUCUUCUAUCACGUCACUCCCGACCCCACGCUGGCCUGCAUUGAGGCCGGCCUGAAGGAGAUUCUGGAGUUUAAGCCUGACGUCAUCAUCGCGAUGGGCGGCGGCUCGCCCAUGGAUGCGGCCAAGAUCAUGUGGCUGAUGUACGAGUGCCCGGAAACCCGCUUCGACGGCCUUGCGAUGCGCUUCAUGGAUAUCCGCAAGCGUGUGUACGAGGUGCCGGAGCUCGGCUCGAAGGCGAUUAUGGUGGCUAUCCCUACCACCAGUGGCACCGGCUCCGAGGUCACUCCUUUCUCUGUCGUCACGGAUGAGCGCUCGGGCGCCAAGUAUCCACUGGCAGAUUACGCGUUGACGCCUAACAUGGCGAUCGUGGACCCUCAGCUGACGCUGAACAUCCCCAAGAAGCUCACUGCCUGGGGCGGCAUCGACGCCCUGACGCACGCGCUUGAGAGCUACGUGUCUGUGUGCGCUACUGAGUACACGAAGGGCCUGUCCCGCGAGGCUAUCCAGCUGCUGUUCAAGUACCUGCCGCGCGCCUACGCCAACGGUGCCAACGACUUUGAGGCGCGUGAGAAGGUCCACUAUGCCGCUACCAUUGCCGGCAUGGCCUUCGCCAACGCCUUCCUGGGCAUCUGCCACUCCCUGGCGCACAAGCUGGGUGCCGCCUUCCACGUGCCUCACGGCCUGGCCAACGCAGCGCUGAUCAGCCACGUGAUCCGCUACAAUGCGACGGACAUGCCCGCCAAGCAGGCGGCCUUCCCGCAGUACCAGUACCCCAACGCCAAGUCCGACUAUGCGGAGCUGGCGUCCAUGCUGGGCCUGGGCGGCAGCACCCCCGAUGAGAAGGUUGUCAAGCUGAUUGAGGCCGUGGAGGACCUCAAGAAGAAGUGCGAUGUGCCGGCCACGAUCAAGGAUAUCUUCAACGACGCCGCCAAGAGCGAGGAAUACUUCCAGCGAUUGGAAACGCUGGCUGAGGAGGCGUUCGACGACCAGUGCACCGGUGCCAACCCGCGCUACCCGCUUAUUGCGGACCUGAAGCAGAUCUACAUUGACGCGCACGAGGCGCCCAUCCUGCCCAUCCAGACUCUGGAGUUCUAUAGCAAGGUGUAAGAGUCCGUGGUAGCAGCUCGUGCUGUACAUUCAUUGAAGACCGGUGAUAUAUGGGUUUGCGGUAUAUGUUGCGUUGUGGUAUAGGUUGUUGAUGUUUUUGCAGGUGAUGUACGCCAGAACGUAGCCUAAUGCGUAUUGCAUGGUAUCUAGGAAGGCGCCAUCGCGGGAUUGUGUAUUCCCAUGCGUGUUAUGUUUUGAUCGUUGUUCUGCACGGGCCAAAUGCUGGAGCCCAUCUGUUUUCUGACGUGGCUGUUUUCACAAUGCCGAUCCGACCAUUUUUUGGAAGCACUUUCGUGCGUGUGCUAUUAUUUUCUGUGGUUGCAUGGAGACCCCUAGUAAGUGAACUGUACCAUUAAUGGCGAGCUGUAGCAAUGCUGCGACAAAGCGAAGAAUAAAUAUAUGGAUUUAAGAUAUGGGUUUCCCCG